AUGAGAUGUGGACGAGUCAUUUCCCCCACUCCCUUGUUUUCUAUCCAUAUUUUAAAGCCAUGCUUCCAGAAUUCUCCCCAUCACAUUGGCACUGCUGUUUCUAUACUUCCAGUAGCCAAAUCCACUCCUCGAAAUAAGAAAAGUUCUUUUAGAAAGUGCAGUUCUCAGCAAGAUACACGAUAUGAAAUGAAAAUCACCGAAUGCCGAAUAACAUAUCUGCUUUUCCGAAAAUAUUCGACGUAUAAAGGUUUACCACAUAAUCCACGAUGGACUAGUUACACCAAUCUACAAAUAUGGAAGUUUUUGCGAGCAGAUUCCCCAUUCCCACUUUUUGCGAUCAUUAAAAGUGUAUCCUAA